UCUUCUACACCCACACAAGCCUGUACGCGUUUUUCCACAGCCUACAUGUGCAAAUAUUAGAAUAUACGCCUCGUUUGCAGGCCAUGGUGCUGUGGGCGGGCUCUGCAGCUGACACAGUGCGUGGAGUGAAAAAAACUUGCUCAGUCCUGGAAGACUUGUGAGUGCGCUGUCAUGGAGUCCCCGAAGAAAGAGGACUGUUCCCGACUGUUGCUCCUCUGUGUCACUGUCUUGUGCUUGCAUGUGCAGCUGGCUGUAGCCGGAGAAUGUCCUGCUGAUGGACGCAUGUGGGUGCCCUUUGGAGACAGAUGCUACCACUUUGUCCACGGAGAAGAAGACAGAAUCAAAAGCUACACUUUCGAGAGCGCCAAAACCCUCUGCAAAGGCUUUGAGCUUUUGACCGUCCAGAGUGCUGAAGAAAAUGACUUUGUCAUUAAAUAUAGCCCAGAGGUGUGGAAAAACAACGUUAAUGUGUGGCUGGGAAUGUAUUAUGACACAACCAGUGAAAACAUGAAGUGGUUCGGUGAGGAGCUGAUAAACUACACUAACUGGGAGGCCAGCACUUCCCCGUCGGACCUCGUGCCGAUAGAUUCCUGCGUGGCUCUACAUAGCAGCACAGGAAAGUGGGAAAUGGUCAGCUGCUUGGAUCAAGUAGAGAACGGAGUGGUCUGUGAGGCGGCUCAGAAGGCAGAGGAAGCCAAAAAGAAACCCAACGCGCUGCUGUCCGCCCUGGUCAUUCUCAGUGUGGUGGUUAUCAUGGGAGUCUCAGCAGUUGUCUGGUUCCUGCAUCAGAAGCACAACCUCGGAUCUACUGUCUUCACAGCAUUUGAGUACCACCCUCCGUUCCGAGUCCCAGACGCAGACCAGUCCUGCCUGGUGGAGGCCGAGGAGACUGACAUGCCAUAGAACUAGAACUUUCUAUUUCCCCUGAUAGGAAGCGUUAAACCUCUCCUCAGUGGGUGGGUGUACGUGCAAAGAGGUUCUCACCGUUUAAAGAGUUACUCAAGCAGUUUUGGGUAAAAAUAUGAAUAUGUUACAGUUCUGGAUAAUGUAGUUUGAUGAUAAGAAACUGACACCAGGCUUACUCUGAUACUAACCUCUCGCUGUGGCACACAAACAUCUCACAACUUCUGCAGAGUGCUAAAAUCAUCUGUAAAUUUUCUCUGAUAUGUGUGUUUUCAUCAGUAAUACUAGUGAUAUGUACAUCUGGGAUAGGAUGGGAUGUUUUUAGGGUCUUCAGGUCCAAUGUAUUUCUUUGAUAACUUUUGGGAUCAUUUUUUUUUUUCGCUCUCACAAGAAAAAAAAAAAAAUCAAUAUUGCUCAGUUUAAGAGAAAUAGAUUUUGUAUUAUAUAAACUUUGGGAACCACUACAUAUAAUUUGGGAAAGACAAUCAAUCAAUAGAGCAGAGGCUAAGAUAUCAGGACUUAAAGUGGUCAGUAUUUGUUAGAGGUUUCAGCAGCACAAUGUCCUACAUACCUUGGGUUCAUGUUGUCUGUAAAGGUCCUGUUUAUAUGUUUUAAGGGGAUUUAGGAGGAUCUCGCUGCAGUAAUGGGAUAUAAUAAGUGUCUUUCAUAGGUGUAUAAUCACACAAAUACAAGAAUCUUUGUUUUUUGGCAGAGAAGGAGCGGGUUACUUCAAAGUUUGAUGUUCUACUUCUUGCUUCUGUUUCAUAGUAUUCAGUAUUAAGUGUUUUGAGAAUGGGUGAGAAUGUAGAAGGCUAGACAAAACAAACCUGGUUCCACUAAGGGUGUAGGGGGAUGUAGGGGAGGGUGAUGGGGACUUCAUUUUCACUGCUAGAUGUCAUUAAGUAUCACACACUGAACCUUUAAGACUAAGCCAAACACAUUUUUUCCACUAAAUCUCCCUUUUUUUUCUCUUUUUUUUUUUUUUUUGAGUAGCACCGUCCUUGAUAAGCCCACCACUAACACAUAGUUAUAUGUAAAAUCAGUAGAGCUUUCAUUGCCUUGUAUUUAUAGAAAGCAUUAAUGUCAAUCAGUGUUUUUUCAAUGCCACGCGUAAAUGCCGUUUCCUGAUGCCAUCCAGAGCCCUGCAUGAGCAUUUAUUUGUUUUUUCCAUGCCCAUGUGGAGUUGCAUGCAAUGUAAACAAAAUUUUCUGAGUAAAAACAUCCCGUUGAAAUGGAAAUCCAUCCUCAAACAGUGGCAUUACACAGGUUUCUUUCUUGACCAGUACUUUUUCUAGAUCAUAUUUGACACUAACAACUGCUAAAAGCCAGUGCUUGAUUAAACCUACAUUGUAGGACACUUUCUUAUUGCCCUAUGAAAUCUGAUUUUGGCAUUGUUUUUAUUAUAUGUUUAAAUGAGUGUUUGAAGACAAUCAAGAUUUUUCUGUGUGUUAGCUACAUUGCAGAAUAAUCACAGAAUGUAAGAGCCCUUAUUAUUUUAUGUAAAGUUCUCCUGAUUCUUUUAUACCCUUUGAGCAGCCUGAUCACUUGUGUGCAAUAUGUGAGAAUAAUUUGGCAGCAUCUGAGCCCUUAUGUGUUUUGCAAAAUAAAGGAUAUUUGAUUAUAAGGA